AUGUCCAGAAUGCAUCCUUCUCCUACAACACAACUACCGCCACCACCCUACGAGUGCAAGAACGACCACGACCAACCAUGCAUACCUCCUGUAGAGGGAGGUGAAGAUGCCCAAGAAGUAUUGGAAAGCCUGCAAUGGAUCCCCUCGACGCCCUAUCAACCUUUCCGAUCUCCUCUACCACGACUGGUAGCCGUCCCUCAGAUCCAGCCCAACAGCCUCAUCUCUGGCCCCAUGCCCUUCCUUCGCGCGUACGCACCAGCCCUCGCCCCCUACGACAUUACUCCCGAGACCUUCACCGCCUUCAUAGACGGCCUCGCUGUCGCACAAGCCCCGGCUCCCCCCAUGCAAGCCGUCCAACUCGUCGGCAUCGGCCUAGGCUUCGUGCCAUACCAUUGGGCCCAGCUCGCCAGCGCGGGCGUCGGCCUGGCCGCCGAUGCCGGCACCGCCGCCGUCUCAGCCACCCGCACGAAACUAUAUCUCGAGGAGACCAAUGCGCGCUUAUUCCAGCCCCGCGGCCUCAAAGUGCGCAUCGUGGGUGAGGAGGAGCUACAGCAGCUGCUGCAUCUGCCGACGCGCGCGCCGCUACUCGCCCCAAUCGAUACCGACACCGACUGCCUCACGCUCGCGGACCGCCGCUUGGCGGCGCUGCGGCAGUAUCUGAGUCCGCUGACGCUGGACGUGCCGCCGCCAGUGGCAUCGAAGAAUGUGAUUGAUAGGUUGAGCGGGAAGCAGGUGCAGAUGAGGUUGAGGAAGAAUCGGAAGAGAGCCGAGGAAGCCAGUGUGAAGGCCCAGGCCAAGGAGGAAAAGCGUGACAAGGGGGCAAAGAAGGACGAGGAGGACGAAGAGUGCGAGAGGAAGCGGGCGAAGCGCGAGAGGAAAGGGGCGAAGCGUGAAAGGAAGGAGGAGAAGCACGAAAGGAAGGAGGCUGAGAAAGAGUUGAAGGGCGUGGGAAAGUUGAAGUGGAUUGUGGUUGAGUCCCUAUGA